GCACAUAUCGUCUCACGAGAUGACUGAGCGCCGUGGUGGUGGUGGUGGUGGUGGUGGUCGACACGUGCCUGGGGGCAUGGAUGACUACGAGGAGAUGCUGGCUGCGUACCAGCGCGGAGAGCUGGAGCCAACGGCGGCACGAGUGACGCGCGCACGACCACGCGAUGCAGGUCAUGAGACACAGCGCCCAACAGCGCCCCCUCGUGAUACAACAGGUGCAGAUGCAGCAAAUUCCGCUGCGAUUCGUGAUGACGAGCGGAAGGGGCACGAUGGUGACAGUGGUGGUGACAGUGGUGGUGGUGUGCAUGUGCCGCCGAUUGAGUCGCCAGCAUCCCAGCCGCUAAGUGGCCAGGUUGUGGAACGCAAGGGUGGGCGCAGCUUUGGCCUGUCAGAGCACGGCAGGCUCAACGCUGCUUCCGUGCAGCAAGAGGAAGCGCUGCAGCGGCUUUCCGGGCGCAUGACCGGCAAGGACCGGCCUCGCAAAGGGAAGAGCCUGUUCGCCGCGCAGUUUGACGCCACCUUCGGGGCCCCACAGCCAAAACAACAGCAGCAGCAGCAGCAACAGCAGCAACAGCAGCAACAGCACAGGGGAUCACAGGCUGCUCGGCUACCGACAAGAGCGGCAGUGGCAAGUGCUCGCGCUGCAAUGCCACAGCCGCUCGCUGGCGCUGCCACGGACACUUUGCAUCGCGUUGAAAACAUGACACCUGAGCAGCGCGCCGAAGCGCUGGCGGAGGUGCAAUCCUUGCUGGGUCCAGAGGUGUUUGCGAUGAUGCAGAGCAGAGUGAAACGAAAGCUGCAAAGCCAAGGCAAGCUUCCCUCCAGCAGCACCACCCACUCAACAGCAGCAGCAGCAGCAACAACAGAAGCAGUAACAGCAGCCGGUGCAGGCGACUCUACCCGCAGUACUGAAGGGACGAUGGCCGAUGAUAAGCAAGAGGAUGAGCCUGUGCCUUCCACCUCUUCGCCCGGUGAUGGGCACGACAGCGGCAAUGCAGCUGAGCAGCAGCUGCUGGCGCAAGGAACCCGCUCUUCAGCCAGCCCCACCCAGCCAGCAACAGGUACAACAGCAACGGCAACAACGACAGCAACAGCGACAUCGACAGCGACAGGAGCAAAGCAGCAGCUUGUGUCAAGCGAAGGCGGGGAAAUCGGGGAGGACGUGCUGGCGCGGCUGCCGUUCACACCUGAGGCCACGUGGGUCAACAUGAAUGUGGUGGAGACGGAAAAGCUGCAGUGGAUGAUGGGCGACCUUGGCGACGCCGACGACGAUGAUGGCGAUGCACAGCAGCAGGUGCGGUUUGACUUUAGCGGCGCUGUUGUUCCCUCGGGUGCAGAUGUGUCCACGAAGACAGGGCUGUACCACCACGGCCGCGCUCCAAGCAAACCAGGAUACACGCUUGCAGAGCUCUUGGAGAUGGUGCGUAGCAGUGUUCCUGCACAGCGCGUUGUCGGCUUGAGGACCCUGAAUCGCAUCAUCGCAAGGGCGAUGAACGGGGAGUAUUCGGAUCGCACGUCCACCUCGCAUGACAGCAGCACCAUUCUAAAUGCGCUGGUCCAGAUGGGCAUCACACUUUUCUUGCGUAAAGCCUUGGAUGAGGACAGCGUGUCCAUCUGCACACUUGCUGCUCAGGGCAUUUCGCGGCUGUUGAGUGCGCGUGCACACGACCAGCUGCUGAACGUGAGCGCAUCGUCACCACUCGCACAUGUGCGCGUUCCCCUUCGUCCCGCGCACCGCCCACUCGGCGAUAGCAGCAGUGAUGAGGGUGAUGAUGAGGGUGAUGAUGGUGAUGGUGAUAGCGUGGAAGGUGGUGAUGGCAAGAAGGCGACAGGCGGUGCAUUGGGUGAAGCGGAAACGGACGAGGAAGACAUUGGCGACGAUGAUGACGACGAGCAGUACGGUGUUGGUGCAGCGCGCAGUAGCAGCAGCAGUGACGGUGCUGGUGUUGAUGCGCGCUUGAGUGCACGUGGGCAGCGUCGUCUCGUCCGAUGGGCGGGGCGGGAUCUCUGCCGCGCACUCCGGGAUAUGGACGUCUUGCUCCGCCUCAGAUACAUCAUCGAGGUUGCGCAAGUGCCCGCUGCGUUUGAUCCUGCAUUGACGAUUGCCAUUCGAAUUGCGCGGCACUCAUCUCGCAGUGCCCUGCACGUGGUGGAGACACCACGUCUCGUCGCUGCCGUCAUCCGCAUGUUCGUCCGCCACGAGCAAGCCGCCUUUGAGACGCAGGAGGCAGCAGCGGCAGCAGCAGCGUGCCACGCCAAGGCGAUUGUGCUGCUUCGCGUGUUGUGUGAGGGGAGCAGAGCAACAGCAAGGCAGCUGCAGCCGACGCUGCUUGACGAGCAGGUUGCAUCGGCUGUCCUGGGCCACAUCUCAAACCACCACUCGCGACGCGAGCUCCUGCGCACCCUGGCCGUCUACAUGAGGUACGGGCUAGGCGCACACAUUCUCACCGACCACUUCACCGCACUCCUGCAGCUCCUGAGCCAGUGCUUUGCUGAGAAGGCAUAUGACGACUGUGUUGCGAUCCUGCAAUCUGUUGCCGCUGCCACUUGCAUCGCCAGCACAGCAGACACCACACGCGACGUCCACAGCGCCGUGCACUGGUCAGCUGUUAUCCCCUUUGUUGAGUCUGCAAUGACCAUCGCAUCCUCCCUCCUGCACGCGCCUGCCGGUGGUGGUGGUCGCGAAGGCAGUGAUAGCAAAGGCAACGAUGAUGGUGGAGAGGGUGGCAGUGGUGGUGGCAUCAACGUGCAUGAGAGUGGCGAUGACAGCGUGAAGUGCGGGACGAGCAGCACCGCAUCAGAGCAUGUGGAUGACAACGACGAAGACGGCCAGUUGCUGUUGUUGGCGGCGUGCUGUGGCGUGCUGACGUCCUAUCUGGACUAUGGCGCCACGUCGCUGGCGUCCGGCGCGCAGUCGUCACUGGACAGCGUGUCUACCUCUGUCCUGCACCCGCUGCUGUCCUCUCCGCUGCUUCCGCGCGCCGUCGAUGCCAUUUGCGCAAGCGUGGACCUCUCCGAAGCGAGUGCGCACUCCAUGACCUUCCAUCCCAUCGCCCUCACGCCUGCGGCGUUUCAUCAUGCUCGCCGCCUGAUCGCGUCAUGCUCCCUCCUGCGUGCAGCUGCCGCCCUCGUCGCUGCGCUCACCAGUAUCAACAGGGCGGCGUGUGCGGAGUGUCCGUUGUUUCUUCUGUCGCUGCCUCGACUGCUGGCUGUGGGCACAACGCUGCGACCAAAGGCAUUGCAGCUGCACCUCAUCCACCGCCACUUCACGGACGCCGUGGAGCUGUGUCUGCAUGCAAGCACCCAGAACGACUGGCUGGGCACCGUGCAGUGCCAGCCGCACCACCUGCUUGCCCUCCUCACCCAGUUCACGCCCGGGCAGGAGCAGCAGGUACGCCGCUUCCUGCUUGGCGCCGUUGUUCCCGUGUGCAGCGCCCCCGGCCCUGUGAUCAGCAGCAUCACAGCUGCGCUCGAGGCAUCCGUGCUCCACCCGUCCCGCCUGCAAUGGUCGUCGUCGGCUCUCGGGCUGGCAGCCGACACACGCACGUGCAUGGUGGCACCACGCAUGUCCCACGACGCCACUGUCCUUCCUGUUCGAAGCGACUGGAUGUACUGGCCGCUGCUGUCCUCCGUGGAGGUCCUUCGCCAGGUUCCAGACAUGGACACCGCCGAUGACGGCGCACUUGCGCCAAUCAGAAACGACAUGCUCCUCUCCCUCACUUUCAUCCACACCCUAACGCAAGCCGUGCCGGAGUACAUGACGACGCGUGUGUCUGCCAGCCGUCGCCUAUCGUCGCUGCUCCGUGUCCUGUGCUGCCCGGGACAGCUGUAUCUCUUCAAGGACAUUGCAAAGGCGAUGACCGAAGCGCUUGCUGAUAUCCGAGGCUGUUCUGCUGCUGCGAAUGCAGCCUUUGCUGUCGGCAGCCGUGCGGAGGUGUCUGUGCUGACGCAGGUGUAUGUGGAUGUGCUUGAGGAGUUUGUCACGGCGUCGUACGGCAGCGAGGUGGUGAGCCUUGCGCUCAUCAAAGGGUUUGCCCGCGGCUUCCCCGCUGCCCUCACCUCCCACUGCCUCGGCAACGACCGUUUUCCGGACAUGUGCGAAGUGUUGCAGUCGACAAUGGCUGCAGAUGCCCUCGCCUACCUGCUACCGCUGCACACUGAUCGGCAAGUCCUGGACCUCUUCAUCACCAGCCUCCACCUUCGCCAGUUUGAGAAGGAUGCGUUUGUGUAUCGGCUGAGUGUGCAUCACACGGCCGGUUUCCUCUUUGCCGACUUUGGGGAGCAUUCUGCAGAAGCGCAAAACGUGUUCAAGAGCGACAAACACGCUGACCGCCAUCGACGGCACGCGAUUCGACGCAUGGUCAUGGCCAUGCCCGACGAUGUGUUGGGCGAUGUGCUGCGCUACACAGCGGAGUACGUGACUGCCCGCUACGUUGUGUUUCCCUUGGAAGGUUCCAUUCCACCCACACGCCUCACCGCCCUCAACUCGCUCCCACACCAGGACGAGCAGUACCGCGCCGCGCUCGCGCACAAGCGCCUACACGGAAAAUCACAUUAAAUCAUUCGCAAAUCGUCA